CUCCGACAAGAUGGCGGCGAUGGCGGCAAUAACGGCUUUGUCUCCUUUCAGCGCCUGAGCGCGGUCCCGGCCUGACCCGGCCGCACCGACCAGCGGCAGCGGAGACAUGACCGCAGAGCCCAUGAGGUACGCUCUGGAGCCCUUCCCCCGCCAGGGCGCCGGGCGGCGGCCCGCGCCGGCCCCGCUGAGGCGAGGAGACAGCCGGUGGCGCGUACCGCUCCCGCCGCGUGCGCGGCCGUUCCCGUCGGCCGACCUCGGCGGCGCCACCGCCCGGCCCGACUCGGCCCGCGGCUCGGCUGGGGCGGGGCCGGGCCGGGUCCGAGGCGGCGGGGCUGGCGGAGGCCGGGCUGGGGGAGGGGAUGGCGGCGGGAGGCCGAGCGGGGAGCGCAGGGGGAGGGGACGGCGGCGGAGGCGGCCGGGCGCGGGCCGGCGGCGGGCGCUCGUCUGGUAGCCGCCGCACGCGGCACUCGUCGUCGGGCGCGGCGCGGGGAGCGGGGCCGUCCCGUUCUGCCCCUCGCCCCGAGGCAGCGCCCCGUGGCCCGGCCGGUGGGCGCCGCGACGACGUGCCCUGCGGCUGUCAGCCCCCGCCCCACGUGUGCGUUCGUAGUACUUUGCCCGCUUCGUUCCCGCGCCGCAGGGCCCUUCGCGGGCGCGUCCCGCUCUCGUUGAGGGGCGGAUCCCGCCGCGGUGAUGGGGAUGGACCGUUCCCGUUCAGCUGUGUAAAGUAAAUAAGCUGGUAUAAACCGAGCCGGUGCCGCCAGGCGCCAUGUUAAAGCGUUAAUGCAGAGUUGGGCUUGGAUGUUUUCAGUUCGUAGUUACGCUGAAGGGUCUGAUCAGCGCUGUCAGUCACACACAAAUAUUCCACAUGCCUGAGGCAGCUCAUAAACAAUAAAGCAUUGUUUCUGAACCCUCAAAAAUGUUGCGUCUGACUUCAGCAUCAAAGAAAAUACCAAGAAAGAGGAGCAGCGUGCCGUCUUAGGUACUGAGCCUCCAAGUUUCUUCUGAGGUUGUAUUUGUGUAUCUUCACCCCUGGUUUUGGACUUCCCUUGAGUGGUUCAACGAUUACCACUGAGUUUCGGACAGAAGUUAAGAGGCUGGCAAGCUUUUUUUUUUUUUUUCUCUUUUGUACUGCUUGAUUUCAAAGCCUUAAAAUUUCAGAGGAAACAAUGUAUGUACAUGGAUUCUAACAACAAAAUAAAUAGUGUUGUUGUUACUGGUGUUGAUCACAUACUAGACGCAAGCCGUAAGCACUACAAACACACAUUAUUUGCUGCAUGACUUCCCAACAGCUACCAAUUUCUUCUGCACACAUCGUGCUGUAAAACAAGGGUUGCCCGUCUCUCACUCCUUAACAGCACUUUGACAGUUUAAACCAAGUUUUCGUUGGAUUAUUUUAUUUGUGGACUGAAAUACAAAUGGAGGGGAUUUUCUUCUUUCAUCUUCAGUCCUUGAAAAGCAAGAGUGGAGUUUGACUUCUGUAUAACAUAAAGAUUUUGCUUAAAUAUUCUUGUGUUAUUAUAGCACAAGAAUUAAUGCAAAAAGACUGCUUUAGUAUACUAUUCAGUAGAAUUCAGGUGAUACAGAAGGUAAUACCUUUACCUGCAGAGGGAAAGGUAAAUUGGAUUACUUCAAGAGUUUCACCUGUAUGCUUGAAGUUGAGAAAGUAUAUACAAGGCAGAUUUGAGAUUGUACGUAAUCUCUGGGUUGAACGUCCAUGUAGUAAGUAGGCCCUAUGACAAACAACUUUUAGGUAGGUGCACAUAGUAUUUUUUGGUGCUCCAAACUUUUAUUCUGUUCAUUAUCUCAGUUCUCAGUCAGUGCAGGUGUUUUUGAUGAUCCUGUUCCACACUGAGCUCAUCUUGAGCUUUUUUUAAAUGUGUGGGAAAAGUUCUGUGCUAGAAACCAAGCAUUAUGUUAUUUGGUGCUGUGGUUUCAGGGUUAUGAGCUGAUGAACACAUUGAUUGCAGGAGCUUUUCUCUUAUUUUAUCAGUUAAGUUCUGCUAAUACUAGAGAGAAUGAGAGAGAAGAGAAAAGCCCCAUGAAUGUGUUCCUGGUGUAUUAAUGCAUUGGAACAGAGGCAGAGGUGCUCUCACUCCACUUGUUUGCACACACAUGCAGGCACGUUUCUUUGCUUAUACACACAGCAUUCUUUGCUCUCAUUUCCAGUGAGCCCUGCUGGCCUGCCAGCUGCUGCCUUUCUGUCACCUUGCACCAUCUCCCUGCUUGUUCGCUUAUCGAGAUCUCUGGACAAAAGUUUCAUGUAAAACUUGCUUUUUUUUUCUUUUUAAAAUGGAGGAAUCUUUGUUGCAAUGACCCUGUCUGUUCCUACCAGUUGUUUUGUACAGUGAAGUGAAUAAGCACAACAGCAAAAGAAAACAAAUUUUGAAUCUUGGACCAUCCUGGAGGUGGUGUUCCAACAUUACCUAUUGUUUUAAGGUGGUGAACUAAUUUUUAGGUUAACUUUUUAUGCUUCAGUCUUCCCAAUGUGCAGUAUGGGUUCUGUGUUUUUGAAUCACUUGGAUUUCUUUGUUCUGUGUGAGUUAUAUUUCAGGAUUGUAUGAGGUAUGUUAUUUAAUGCCAUAAUAAUCUAACAGGAAAUAAGUCAAUAGCAAUUGUCCAUAUUAUCUGAAGGUACAGUGUGAGUUAGCAGGCUGUCACGCAGUCAUGUGAAAUGGGUGUAAGCAGAUUCUUUGCUCUUCUUGAGGAAAUAGUCAAAACUUUAGGCUGACUGUCACCUUCUGUGCCAGAUGUGCCCUUGAGCCAAUGUGUUCACACAGAAGUGAAAUUCCUCCCAGAGAGUCUUACUGCAGUGACUGUGUUGCUUCUGUUUCUGUGUAGUACUGUCACUUACGGUUUUGUAUACUUUUUGUUAUGGUUUCUGUAGGGCUUAAGUAGAGGUCUCUUCUUCUCCUGUGAGAUAAUAUGGUGUGAGAAAGGAAUGGCCCUAGCAUUACUGAAACUUGAAAUUCCCAUUUUCAUUACAGAUUCUGUGUGCACUUGCAACAUCUGUAAUGGAGGGAGUAAAGGUCGAUGCUUUUUACUUGUAUAUAACUCACCAAAAGAAAAUACCUGAACAGAAGAUAAUACUAACACGCUGUGUUCACCAUGAGAACACAUGUUUGGGACAAAUGAUGUUUUUAGAUGGGAUCACUGGAUAGGCCUUUUAUAAACAGGGAGGCCUAGGGAUACUGCUGACCCUCGUGAAAUCCCAUUUCGUAUCACUGGAGUUUGUGCCUGCAGCUGAUUUGGAAAUAUGAAUUGAUUCAUGGAUGGGUCGGUGUUGCAAGUUCUGGUGGUGAGUCAGGAGGGAAAAGACAAAAUUGUCAAAAUUCACUGACAAAUAUAAUGGGAGACUUAAUAUUGACUUAAAAAGAUACUUAAUAUUGACUUAAGAAAGAUAGUAAGUAGGUAAAGUUCUCUAAUUUACUAAAGGAUGGUACUAAGCUGUCAGAAUUUUUUAGUAAUGUCUAGCCACAAACAGGUUUUUGCAAGACAGAUGGAGGAUUGAUUGAUGUGAAUUUUUAGUAUUAGUAUUUUUUAAGAAAAGGAGUGGAACCAUGGAGAAAAAAAAAAAAAAAAACAACCUUCAUUUCACAGGUUGUUGCCCAGAGUCAACUUCAGUGCUGUUCAGGAAGGGCAGUUUAUUUAUCUGCAAGCUGCAUGGCUGUAGAAUUUUCUUUCUUAAUACAUCUAAUGCUAGAAGCUGUAUUGGGCAGAUAGAGUUGCCAUGUAAAGCAGAACAACAGUUCUGGCAAUAAAUUCAACAUUGUUAGUGGGGCAAUCUGAGAUGGCUAUUUUGGAAAAUAAAAGAACUGUGCUUCAGCAGGACUGUAACACUGAAAACUGGAUAACAAGUCUGAUUGGUACUACCUGGGAAACUGUAAGGAACAUGCUUUAAUUCUUAGCGUUUGUGAUGGAUGAUGUCUCAUUGAGAAUCUUUUACAAACUUCAGAAAGUGGAAGACAGAUGGAACAAAAGGGAAGUUAGUUUUAGAAUUAGAGACGAAAUACCAUUGUAUGGAGCCUUUCUGUCCCUUCAAGCAAAGCACUUCAGCUUCUGUGACAGUACUUUGUCUUAUAGGCCAUGUAUAUGCUAAUUUCAGCUUCCUUUUCUGAAUUAAUGUAUGAAAAUACACAGUGUGUCAGGUGAAAAUACCUGAGGUAUUUAGAUUUUCAGAUGGUUGACUUCAGUGUUUUUAAGUUUGCAGGACAUUUUACCAUUGAAAUUGCAGACUUCCGUAUAGUGUUCAAGCCCACUAAAAAUGAAGAUGUAAAAAAAAACCAAACCAAGAACCAAACAGAAAAGACCCUUCACUUUCCAGGGAAGCAUGGUAACUCAGCCAAAUCCGGUUACAGUUGUUUGGAUGCCAUCUCAAGAAAAAAGAAAUUGUGUAAUCUUCCUUGAAUGUAAUAAAGGGUCUCUUAGUGAUUUCGAACCAUUCCCCCUGUGUGUCUGGAGAGAACUAAUUCUGUUUACUUGUCUGAACCUCUUGUGCUGUGCUUAUCCUCCAAAGUUACUUAAUCCUUAUCAUCAAAUGUCUUGAACUCUAUUAGGUAUUACUUGAUUGAGCCCUGUGGACCAAGGACAAUUCUAACCAACAUGAAAAGAGUGAGUCCAUGUUAAUGAAGCCUUAACCAUAGUGUCUUCAAGUUCAAUGAAGUGCUAGAGGUCUGCUCUCUUUUCAGUCAGAGCUUCAGUAUUCAGGUGCUUUCUGGCUGUAUCUAAUAAGUUCAGUGUAAUAUGAUGCCAUCUGAGCACAGGAAAAUUGUUUUACUGUGAGAAUGGCCAAGCACUGGAACAGGUUGUGCAGAGAGGCUGUGCAGGCCCCAGCAGUGGAGGUGCUCAGGCCCUGCUGGCCGUGUUUCUGGCAGCUGCUGUAGCUGACCCUGCUUGUGCUAGAAGUCUCACUGGGGGAUCUCCAGAGCUGGAAGGGAUCUCCCUUCUAGCCUCAGUGCUUCCCUGGUUCUUAGUGUCACUUACCUGACCAACUCUAAUUUUGCUGUUGCAAGUUCAGGUAUCGUAUUGCUACUACUAAAGUUUAGAAACCUCCCCAGCUGAGACUGUGAUUAAUACCCACUGUCACCUGUGCUUGCAGAAAGAUUUCUACAAAGGAGCAGUGAGUUGGAUUAGAGAGCAGGUCUAGACUCAGCAGAAGAAAUGGCAACUUGUAAUCUGGAUUGGUUUCUGUGCGUAGGUUAAAACAAUUGCUUAUACUGUGAGUGUGGCAUAGGUAUAAUGAUAGCCUGCUUUUAUUUUCUGGUUAUGUACUUUCUCUGAGAGAGGCUGACUUAGGAUUUGGGAACAAAUUCUUUCCUAGAUUUUGUCAUCCUUUGCUCUGUCUGACAAGUCUUGAGCCAUUUCGUUCACGUGUGUUCAACCACAAUAUAUCCUUAUAUCAGGCUUAGCCUAACACUUUUCCUUAUAAUCAUGAAAAACAUCUGUGAAGGUUUGCAGGUGACAGAAUGCCGGCCUGAUCAUAUCAAGACUUUAGCAAUGUGAAGGCAAAUUACAUGCCGGGGGGGAAAGAAGGAUACCUUCUAACUGCUCUGGAACUGUAUGUUGAAUUAAAUGACAUCAGCUUUGGCUUUAUUUAGUAUAAAACAGUUAUUUUAAAAAAUGUUCUUGUUAGUAAUGUGUUAGAAAUAGGAAGGCUUUCAAAAGUCAUGUUCUUUUCUCCGUCAGAGCUUUGGGUGCACCUAUACUAGCAUUUAAAAUAAGUUCAUUUUUGAAGAGUUCGUUUGUUUGAUAACAGAGGGCCUUGGAGUGCACAAACAGAUUUCUUCUGGGUAGAACUGAGCUGAAAGAUGUGCUGCAGCAGACCUGGUGUGCUCCAGCUGCUAAUGCCUGAGCAGUCUGCAGGACUGGACUGUCACUGUUACGGAAAUGCAUGUAGUGUGGGUGGUGGUCAUCAACAUCAAGUCUUGUGUUCCGAUGGAGACAGAAUCUUUUUCUCUAUUUUCCUUUUCCCGUUGUCUUAAUUAAAAUAUUCGAACUUCUGCUGUGGGUUGUUGUGUUUGUCGAUCACAUAGGGGGACUGUGUGAAAUAGAAGAUGUUUGUCUACAGUCUGGUGGUUUUAAAGAACAUCUGGUUUUAAUUUUCUUUAUUUUUUAAAGUAUGUUUAGUUUUGUCUGCUUAAUAGUUGUUAUUCUGCAGUAUUACUUUGGAAAUGCCAAGGUGAAAAAUAAUUUAACUUGAAGCAACUGUAAAGAUGGUUUAAAAAUGAAUUUGUUUGAAAUCUUUAAGGCAGCUGAGAACUUAAAACCAAAACAUUUUGCAAAAGCAUAUUUAUAAACAAACUGGGGGAGGUGGAUAAAGAGCUGGAAAGUGCUCCUGUAUUGCUGACUUCCAGAGCCAUUUGCAACCUGACUUACUUUGUCUGAAAGGCGGUGGGAUCCUGUAUGUUUUAAUUUGUUUGUUUUUUAAAAAUAGUUCUAAAACAUUCUUCCAGAUUUUGACAAUAGAUGAAGCAUUCUCUACCUACAUUUUCAAGGUGUCUGAGGGGAGAGUAAAUAGAAGACGAUAACAAGUUUCUUCCAGUACAGUUUUAUAGUGUAAUCCAACAUGACCUGGGUUUGCUGCUGGAACGAGCAGCCCUGCUCUUCCCUACAUCCUGGCCAUGAAUUCUCAGCACCUCUCCUGCCAUGAAACACAGUGAUCCUGUGAAUGUGUAGCAAGUUGAAUGUGAAUGAUGACUGUUGUUUAGCAUUUUAUUUUGUCUGAGGUGAUUUGACUCAUUAAGCACAGAGUGAUCGUUAGCUAAUGAAGUUGAUGGGUUAAGCACAGGGGACAGUAAUUAGCAGCAAGAGUGAAUUCAGUGUGUUGUGUCUAGCUAGGUGAGGCCACACUUCACCACUCCCCUGUACCCCCUCCUUGUUCAUUUGUCAUAGCAGUUUUCACAAUACAGACUGUAUCUCAGUCUUUACUGGGAUAAAUGGUAUCCCAGGCCAUUACUGGUUAAGGUUACAGAACUUGCUCUGAAUUUAGGUGAGAAAUUGUAUUCUCGGGUGAUAGUUUCUCAAGGUCACAAAUCAAGUUCAUGGCCAAACCAAUAAUAGUAGGACAUCUCUUCUUUCAUUCUUGUUCUAAUUAGGCUAAACUGUGUUCAAAUAGUUCUAGACUGAUGGUGAAGCCUGAAAGGGCUAGGAAAUAGCAUAGAGAUGUUUGAUUCAUGGCAGAGGGAGGCUGCUUUGCAUAUUACUUCUGAGAUGUUUUUAAGUUUUAGACUCCUGUGCAUUUUUUAGUGCACAUUUUAAAUGUUGUGAUCUAUUUGUUGUGUCAGUUUGUGACAACAUGUUAGAAAGAAUACAGAUUUUGCUGUAGAAGGCUUUAUACAAAAGCAGGCAAGGCAUUGCUGUAAAUCACAAUUCCUUUGGGUUGAGGUGUGGUAACCCUUACUAAGUUUAAUCUGUUACUCCUUAAUACAGGCUGAUGCUACAGAAUGCUGAAUAAUCCAGAGGAAAAGCAAGCUGAGGAGGCAUGUUAGUAUUAGUUUGUAGAUUCUUUUAGUGUGUCAGCAUGAACAUUUUUGUUCUGGGAAUGAUACUUACAGGCUAGUUAGGAUAAGAGGCAAUAGUUGGUAGCUGAUCAUGUUCUAAGCUAUUAGUCGCAAAGACACAUGCGUAAUGUUCUGAAUGCUUUAUAUGGAGAACAAGGAUAUUAUAACUUGUUUCAGUAACAGCAUUUUAGAAAAUAAAACAAGAAAGAUAGAGAAGUUGUUUAUAAAUAGUAGUUAAAUUGAAUGUUGGGAGUUGAUGUUUAUUGAUGUGUUCAGAAAACAGUGGAGAUGGUGACAGCAAGAGGAUUGAGCUUCUGAUAAAUGCUCAAAGGAUACUACAAACUGUAGAACAGGGCAAGAAAACAGGAUUUCCUGUUGCUAUCAAAAGACAAGUUUGAAAAUAAUGGGAAGACGGGGAAGAAAAAGUGAAAAGAAGAGACGUCUGUAGCCUUUAAUUGGGUUAACUUAUGGAGAGGAUAACGAAGCUGAGCAGUUUUAGAGAAACCAUAUCUCAUAGCAGAUAAGGUGUGAUGACUCAGACGUAUCAGUUGGCAGAUUUUUGGGAGUUGAUAGCGUCCGGGAGGGAAGCAGCAACAAACAGCUGAGAGUGGCAGCUUGUGAUAACGGGGUCUGAGGGCAUGACUGCCCUUGGGUCUCACUCAGGGUACCUGCAGCCAGGAAAAGGCACUUGUCUCAGGAAAUUAUGGACACUAUAGGUGCAAAAAAUGAGUGUGAAGUAGGUGACAUAAAAUGCAAGGGAAUAGAAUGUGUACGAAUUGUGAAGAAGUGUGUCUUUAUAACAAAAGCACAGGGCAAAAUUGUUGCCUUUUUACUGUAAUGAGAGAGGAAACAAGACUGAUGAUUCUUGGUGUCUAAAACUUCCUGGAGAAAAUUCCCAGCAUAACACUCUUUAUAAGUGAAAGCAAGUUGAAUACAUUGGUGCAGAAACUCCAUGACUUCUUGGCUCACUCAUCAGAGGAAUCUGAGGACACAAACUCUCCUCCAGCAUCAUCUAAAACCAAAAGCAUAGGAGGAUCACUGAGAGAGCGUAGGAGAGACUGACUUCCUGCUCUUGUAUCAAGUGACCAACCUCUGCCUGGGAGCAGCAGUCACAGGGGAAAUCCUGCGCUCUCAUAGCCCUGGAGUGGAUGGAGCAUGUGCAGUUUGGUAAAAGUAGAGAACCUGAAAGAAGUCCAGCCUCAAUGGAGAACAACAGAGAAGAGGGUGGUAGUUCUUCAGAAAGAGUCACAUUCUUAGGAUCGUCACGUUCAAAAAGGAAACCUACAGUUGUUACAAAGUAUGUUGGAUCAGAUGAUGAACAAGUCUUAGAUGAGACUGUAAAUGAAGAUAAUUCAAAUGAAAACUCAGAAAAUGAUGUUGAUAUGAAAAGCUUGCCUAAAGGUACAGUGGUUGUACAGCCUGAGCCAGUGCUGAAUGAAGACAAAGAUGAUUUUAAAGGGCCUGAAUUUAGAAGCAGAAAUACCGUUAAAAUGAAACCUGAAGUCCCCAAAAAGCGUGGAGAGGAAGGACUACAUGGAAUUGUAAGCUGUACAGCUUGUGGGCAACAGGUGAACCAUUUUCAGAAGGAUUCAAUCUAUAGACAUCCUACAUUGAAAGUUCUUAUUUGUAAGACAUGCUACAAGUAUUACAUGAGCGAUGACAUUAGCCGUGAUUCAGAUGGAAUGGAUGAACAGUGUAGGUGGUGUGCUGAAGGUGGAAAUCUGAUUUGCUGUGACUUUUGCCAUAACGCCUUCUGUAAAAAGUGCAUUUUGCGCAACCUGGGUAGAAAGGAGCUAUCAACUAUACUGGAUGAAAAUAACCAGUGGCAUUGCUACAGCUGUCAUCCAGAGCCUCUAUUGGACUUGGUCACUGCUUGUGACAGUGUUUUUGAAAAUUUAGAACAGUUACUGCAACAGAACAAAAAAAAGACCAAAGUUGAAAGUGAAAAAAGUAAAAUAUAUGACAAUACAGUCAAAUUUUCUCCAAAGAGAAAUAAUUCAAACUGUAAUGGUGAAGAAAAAAAACUAGAUGAUUCAUAUUCAGGUUCACUAACAUAUUCUUAUAAAGCCCUAAUGGUGCCAAAAGACAUGCUUAAGAAAACAAAAAAACUGGUUGAGACUACAGCAAAUAUGAAUUCCAGCUUUGUGAGCUUUUUGAAAAAGGCUGCAGAAAAUUCAGAAGUAAGCCCAGCCGUGCAACUUCGUCAGCUAAAAGCUUUUAGAUCUGUGCUGGGUGACAUCAAAAAAGCUCAUCUGGCACUAGAAGAAGGUCUGAACCUGGAGAUUCAAGCUUUGGAUGUUAAAAUCAAAGAGAAAAAUACCAAAGAAAAAAAAACUGAUGUUAGAUCAGAAAAAAAUGAGGUGAAGAAAGAUGAAGGAAAGGAACAUGUGGCAUCAAAAGGGGAUGACACUGUAAAGAUGCAGAAAAAAGUUGUAUCAGAACAGCCUGACAAUGAGCCAAUGGAUCAAGAUGUUUCGACAGUAGGAAAAAAAGACAGCAGACGUACAAGUGGUGAAGAUAAAAGGUCUGGCACAAAUGAGGAGCCUCAGUAUGAACCUAAUAGUACAGAGGCUUUAGAUAUGGAUAUAGUGUCUGUUCCCUCAUCUGUUCCUGAAGAUAUUUUUGAGACUCUAGAAUCUGCUAUGGAAAUUCAGACUGCAGCGGAUGAGCAAGGGAAUGGAAAUACUGGAACAGAUCACGAGAAUCCGAAUAUAAAAUUGACCACUCCUUUGAAAGAUACUAAGGGAUCUAAACUGAAAGCAUCAGCUAAAGGAACCAAGGAAUUGAUUGUGAAAUUGACUCCUGUAUCCCUUUCGGAGUCUCCAGUUAAAUCUGAAGAUCAUGACAGCAGUCUAGAAAAGGGAAGCAAGGAUGAAAGAACAGAAAAAUGUGAUUCUGUAAACCAAAGUAGUAAUGCUGAUAGCGAACGUUCCACAGAGAAUGAAACUCUCUCACUUGCAGAGGAAUCUGAUCUCAGGAGAUCACCCCGUGUGAAGACCACACCUCUGAGGCGCCAAACAGACGUUAAUCCUUUAACAUCAAAUUCAGAAGAAGAUAGCAAUGACACAAGUAAUGAAAAACGAAAGAGAAGAUCAUCAAAACAAUCAAGAAGGAAAAAAGAUAAAAGAAACUCUUCUGACAGUACAGUUGAUGGUCCUAGGCCUAAUAAACUUUGUAAAUCAAAAAAGCCAGCUAUAUUAGAUAAUAGUUCCGACUCUGAUGAGAUGCCAGCUGUUCUUAAAGAAGUAGCUAUGAUGAGUCGCAGUUCUUCAGAUAUUGACAGCAAUAGUGAAUUACCAGCAAAAGACCAGAAGACUUCAAAUGUUCUGAAGGAUCAACCAGUAAUGGAUGAAAAUGGAAAACGGAAAAGAAAAAGUUCCAGUUCUGGUUCAGAUUUAGAUGCCAAAAGGGGCAAAUCAGCUAAGAAUUCUGCUACGGCAAAAAAGAAGCGACAGAACUAUUCAGAUUCUUCAAACUAUGAUUCUGAGCUAGAAAAAGAAAUUAAACAUUUGAGUAAAAUUGAGUCUGCAAAAAAAGCUAAGAAAAGAUACUCACGAAAAGAAGAUAGCUACGAUUCUUCUGAAGAAGAGCAGAGGAAGAAAGUUAGUAAGAGAAAGGUAGAUCUGAAGAAACGGAAAGGUAAAUCUUCUGAGGAUGAUGCUGCUGAAAAGUCAUCUCCAGAGAAGGAGAUUAAUCAUUCAUCUGAAGAUAAAAAAGCUAGCGUGGGGUCAAUUGCUAAGGAAAAACUAAAGAAAAACUUGAAAAAAGAAGCUUUAAAGGGUAAGCAUGAUGAGUCUUCUGAUGCUGAGAAGUCUUUACUGGAGAAAGAAGAAAGUAGUCCUAAAGGUGUUAAGCUAACUGAAGCUAAGAAAAACAAGGAUUUUAAGAAAAAGGUACAAGAAGAUUCUUCUUCUGAGAGUACUGAGAAAUAUACAGAGAAGGAACACGCUUUUGAUUCUUCAAAAGAGAAAUUCAAAAAUAAAAAAAAAUCAGAAAACAAAGAGAAGAAAUCAGAAAAUUUGAAACAGAAAAUCUUCAAGAAAGAACAAGAAGAUUCCUCUUCUGAUGUUGAAAAGUCUUCCCCUGAGAAGGGAAGCUGUAAUUCUUCUGAAAAUGAGAAGACUAAGAAUGAAACAAUGGUUAAAGAAAGGAAAAGGAGGAAUUUAAGAGAGAGAGUACCUAAAAGAGUACAGAUUGAUUUAUCUUCUGAUGCUGACAAAUCUCCCCUGAAAGAGGAGAGUUCUUCUGAAGAUGCUGUGCAAAGUAAAAAACGACCUGAAGCAAAGGAAAAGAAAAAAAUAAGUCACAAAAAGAAAAUUACCAAGAAAGAGCAGAAUGAGUCGUCCUCUUCUGAUGAGGAGUCUUAUGAAGACAAAAAGAAAAAGAUUAAAAAAGGAUCCGUGAAAGAAAAUAAAAGGAGUAACUUAACAGAGAAAAAGAAAGUGUCAAAAAAGGUUAUUGUCUCUUCCUCGUCCUCAUCUGAUAAGGAAGAAAAUGAUGAGCAGAAUUCAACAGGUGAUGGAAGCAGUGAUGAGCAGAAAAUUAUGCCAGUGACUGAAAAUUUAAUGCUGUCUGCUGGUACAGGAUUUUGUCAGUCGUCAGGAGAUGAGGGAGAGACUAAAUCAAGGACUGUUCCAAUGGAGGAGGAGGAAGAUGAUGAUGAUGACGAUCCUGAGAAUAGAAUUGCCAAGAAAAUGCUUUUAGAAGAAAUCAAAGCCAAUCUUUCCUCUGAUGAGGAUGCAUCUUCUGAUGAAGAGUCGGAUGAAGGAAAAAAGAAAACAGGAAAGCAAACUGAAAACACAGGAGACGAUGAAGAGAAUGAGAAGGAAGAUAAUUCUGAAUCAAAUUCAGAGGAAGAAGACUCAAAGAAGCCCAGAUACAGACACAGACUGCUGAGGCACAAACUGACAGUGAGUGACGGAGAAUCUGGUGAAGAAAAGAAGGGGAAACCUAAAGAAACAAAAGAGGGGAAGCGCAGAAAUAGAAGGAAAGUGAGCAGCGAUGAUUCAAAUGACUCAGAGUUUCAUGAAUCUGCGGUUAGUGAAGAAGUCAGUGAGUCUGAAGAUGACCAGCGUCCAAGAACAAGAUCUGCCAAGAAAGCUGAGGCAGAAGAAAAUCAGCGCAGUUACAAACAGAAAAAGAAACGAAGACGUAUAAAAGUUCCAGAUGAUUCUUCAAGUGAAAACAACAAUAAGAGUAAUUCUGAAGAUGAGGAAAACGAUGAUUCAAAAUCUCCUGGAAAAGGCAGAAAGAAAAUUAGGAAGAUUAUUAAAGAUGAUAAGCUUAGAACAGAGACACAAAAUGCACUUAAAGAGGAAGAAGAAAGAAGAAAACGUAUAGCAGAAAGAGAACGGGAGAGAGAGAAGUUGAGAGAGGUGAUAGAGAUAGAAGAUGCUUCACCUCUGAAAUGUCCCAUUACAACUAAGCUGGUUUUAGAUGAAGAUGAAGAAACAAAAGAACCAUUAGUGCAGGUUCACAGAAGUAUAGUUACCAGACUGAAACCACACCAAGUAGAUGGUGUUCAGUUCAUGUGGGAUUGCUGUUGUGAAUCUGUAAAAAAGACAAAGACAUCUCCUGGUUCUGGAUGCAUUCUUGCUCACUGUAUGGGUCUGGGGAAGACAUUACAGGUAGUAAGCUUUCUGCACACAGUCUUGCUGUGUGACAAGCUGAAUUUCCGGACGGCGCUUGUAGUGUGUCCCCUGAACACUGCCUUGAACUGGUUGAAUGAGUUUGAAAAAUGGCAGGAAGGUUUAGAAGACGAUGAGAAAUUAGAGGUCUGUGAAUUAGCAACUGUGAAACGCCCUCAAGAGAGAAGCUAUAUGCUGCAGCGUUGGCAAGAUGAAGGAGGUGUGAUGAUAAUAGGCUAUGAGAUGUAUCGUAAUCUUGCACAAGGCAGGAAUGUGAAGAGUAGAAAACUGAAAGAAAUAUUUAAUAAAGCUUUAGUAGAUCCAGGCCCUGACUUUGUUGUUUGUGAUGAAGGGCACAUAUUAAAAAAUGAAGCAUCUGCUGUUUCUAAGGCAAUGAAUUCAAUUCGUUCUAGGAGAAGAAUAAUUCUGACAGGAACACCACUGCAAAAUAAUCUUAUAGAAUAUCACUGCAUGGUUAACUUUAUUAAGGAGAAUUUGCUUGGUUCAAUUAAAGAAUUCCGAAAUCGAUUUAUAAAUCCAAUUCAGAACGGUCAGUGUGCGGACUCCACUCUGGUAGAUGUCAGAGUAAUGAAGAAGCGGGCACAUAUUCUCUAUGAGAUGUUAGCUGGAUGCGUUCAGAGGAAAGAUUACACAGCGUUAACAAAGUUCCUCCCACCAAAAUAUGAGUAUGUUCUAGAAGUUAGAAUGACACCUAUUCAGUGCAAGCUCUACCAGUAUUACUUGGAUCAUUUGACAGGUGUAGGUGGUGGCAAUGAAGGUGGACGAGGCAAAGCUGGAGCUAAACUAUUCCAGGAUUUCCAGAUGUUGAGCAGAAUCUGGACUCAUCCCUGGUGUUUGCAGCUGGACUAUAUUAGCAAAGAAAAUAAGGGCUACUUUGAUGAAGACAGUAUGGAUGACUUCAUAGCUUCAGAUUCCGAUGAAACUUCAAUGAGUUUAAGUUCUGAUGAUUAUGCAAAGAAAAAAAAAUCCAAGGGGAAAAAAGGGAAGAAAGAAUGUAGUUCAAGUGGGAGUGGCAGCGAUAACGAUGUUGAAGUCAUUAAAGUCUGGAAUUCAAGAUCUCGUGGAGGUGGAGAAGGAAAUGCAGAAGAACUUGGAAACAACCCUUCAUUAGUUGUGAAAUCAGAAGAAGGUAAAGCUACUUCCUCAUCCAAUCCUGGUAGCCCAGCCCCAGACUGGUACAAAGAUUUUGUCACUGAUGCUGAUGCUGAGGUGUUGGAACACUCUGGGAAAAUGGUUCUUCUCUUUGAAAUUCUUCGAAUGGCAGAGGAGCUUGGGGACAAAGUCCUAGUGUUUAGCCAGUCCCUAAUAUCAUUGGAUUUGAUAGAAGAUUUUCUGGAGCUGGCUAACAGAGAGAAAACUGACAAAGAGAAGCCUCCUAUCUAUAAAGGUGAAGGAAAAUGGUUCCGAAACAUUGAUUACUAUCGCUUAGAUGGUUCAACUACAGCUCAGUCAAGAAAGAAAUGGGCUGAAGAAUUUAACGAUGAAACUAAUGUGAGAGGCCGUUUGUUUAUUAUAUCCACUAAGGCAGGUUCCCUUGGAAUUAAUCUCGUGGCUGCUAAUAGAGUAAUCAUCUUUGAUGCUUCUUGGAACCCAUCAUAUGAUAUCCAGAGUAUUUUCAGGGUCUACCGCUUUGGGCAGAGCAAACCUGUGUUUGUGUACAGAUUUUUGGCCCAGGGUACAAUGGAAGACAAAAUCUACGAUCGGCAGGUAACAAAGCAGUCACUGUCUUUCCGGGUUGUUGACCAGCAGCAAGUUGAACGUCAUUUUACCAUGAAUGAGCUUACAGAGCUGUACACUUUUGAGCCGGAUUUGCUGGAUGAUCCUAAUUCAGAAAAGAAAAAGAAGAGGGAUACACCGAUGUUGCCAAAAGAUACAAUCUUGGCAGAAUUGCUCCAAAUCAAUAAAGAGUAUAUAGUAGGGUAUCACGAGCAUGAUUCACUCCUGGACCAUAAGGAGGAAGAGGAGCUCACUGAAGAGGAAAGGAAGGCGGCCUGGGCAGAAUAUGAAGCAGAAAAGAAGGGCUUGACCAUGCGUUUCAACAUGCCGACAGGGACCAACAUGCUUCCCACUAAUUUCAACUCUCAAACACCAUAUAUUCCUUUCAAUUUGGGCGCUCUGUCAGCGAUGAGCAAUCAACAGCUGGAGGACCUCAUUAAUCAAGGAAGAGAAAAGGUUGUGGAAGCAACCAACAGCGUAACUGCAGCAAGGAUUCAGCCCCUUGAAGACAUCAUUUCAACUAUAUGGAAAGAGAAUGUAACGCUUACAGAGAGCCAAGUGCAGGCCCUGGCCCUAAGUAGACAGGCAAGCCAAGAGCUUGAUGUUAAGCGACGAGAAGCCAUCUAUAACGACGUCCUUACUAAACAACAGAUGUUGAUCAGUUGUGUUCAGAGGAUACUUAUGAACAGAAGACUACAGCAGCAGUACAAUCAGCAGCAACAACAGCACAUGUCUUACCAGCAAACAGCAAUGAGUCAUCUCAUGAUGCCAAAGCCUCCAAAUUUAAUCAUGAAUCCUUCCAACUACCAACAGAUAGAUAUGAGAGGAAUGUAUCAGUCAGUGUCUGGUGGUAUGCAGCCGCCGCCUUUACAGCGAGCACCACCCCCAAUGAGAGGCAAAAAUGCAGGGCCUUCCCAAGGGAAAUCGAUGUGAUUUUGCACUAAAAGCCUAAAGGAUUGUUAAAGUCAGAGAAAGAACUUUUAUUUUUUUAGGAAUCAAUGGCUUAACAGAACUCAACUGUAAAAAAAAAAAAAGAAAAGAAAAGAAAAAAGUUUGGUUGGUCCCCUUAAAUGCCAUGUUCCAUAUUAGUGCUUCAGCUUUGUUUAAGUAGGACAUAAUGUUUUCCCUUGUUGUCAGUGAUGUUGCCUAGAAUCUUCUUACAUAUGUUGAGUACAGGAGAUACCAAGUUGUUUUCAGUGAAAACAAGUUCUCCCGUAACAGUAGUAUCUCCACAGGUUUCCUGUCUAAACUCCUAUGCUUGCUUUCAGUAGCUGUGAAGCUAUCAUCAGAUUUGAGAAGCUUAGGAAGGACUGCAGGUCUGUACGUUUCAGUAUACCAUAUGUGAGUUGUGCACAGCUGAGUUCUUGAUUAGAGUUGAUUCCUCAAAUUAUGGAAUACUUUUCUGCUUACCCAUUUCUUAAAGUUAGUGGGAAUAUUGUAAGAGAAAUAAUUCAGUUUCCUUUUGACUGAGGUCUGGACUCAUGUUGUAUCAUCUAUGCUGACUGAAGCAUAGGAACUGAAAACACUCUGAAACAGAAAUGAGUGCAAUAUUCUUAAGUACUACUGCUCUGAAACUUUUAAGUCACACAGUUAUAUAUAAACUGUGUAUACAGCCUUAAAUAGUGACUUGGGGAAGAAGAGUGUUCUUCCUCAGUCUUCUGCCAUUUUGUAUUUUCAGUUUUACGUGAUGGAACAGCAACUGGUGGUCUGGAGAUGUUUUUCCUUUGCUCUCUGCGGAGUCCAGUGCAAAGCACAUUUCUGUUAACUCCUUAAUGCUGGUGCUGCUCUCUCUUCCCAUUGCCAACAGUGGGAGACAGGCCAAGAAAACAAAAUCCCUAGCAUUUUGGGGGGUUGGAGUACUGAUGGUGGGCAGGGUCAAACCCUGUUACAUAAUCAACUUUAAAAUGGCACAACCAUUGCUGAUUUGUUACUGGAAGGGUCUCUCACAGCUUCCCAAGGUACCAGGGCAGAGGAGAGGCUUUUCCUUCUCUAGAUCAGAGUUUUGGUUAUGCACUCCUCUCCCUUCCCUUUCAUUUGUGUGAAAACACACCUUAGUACACAAAGAGCUCAAUUUUUUUGUUUGUUUUUACGUAGACCGCAGGUGAAUUUCUGUUUUAUUAUAUAUCAUUAGUACUCUCUUUAGCCACCGUUUUUGUGCUCAUGGAGAUCUAACUAAACCCAAACAGGGCUCUUUUUUGAAUAUAGCUUGGUUGGCUCUUCCCCCAAAAGAAUAAAAGCAUUUGUAAUCUGGGAGUAAAGUAAAGGAUGGAAGCAUUUGAGGCAACGGUGCAUCGAGUAUAGGGAAUGGAUAGAGAAUUCUGGAGGAGCAGAUGGAAGCGUUUGCUGUAGGUGUUGCUGGACUCUUCUGGCUUGCUGACAUGAACUAAAACUGUUUUGGCUUCUGGAACUUAAUUGACCUGGAUGGACAGAUGGUUUUUGGUUUUGUUUGUUUUUUGUUUUUUUUUUGCAUCUAAAUAUGCAAAUCUUACGUGAUAUUUCAUGUUGUGAUCAAAACUUGGUUUGGGAUCUGGACAGUUUCUCUGGUCUGUUGCAAAGGCUGACGUUGCCAUCGUGGACUCUUUGUUACGAGAUGCCACAAAUGAACCUCUCCUGUGUUCUGGAGCUUUGCCAGCUCUACCGUUAGGUUUAACCUGGGGGGAAGGGAGCAAAAAGAGGUGUAUUCACACUAGAAGAAAUGAGAAUGUGAGACUUUGAGACAAACAUUUGGAGGCAAAUGUACUCUGGGCAACUCUCACUGAUGUUCCUAUGCGUCUUGAAUAAGAGAAGUAUCUUCUACCAAACCUGGGAAUGUUCAACGGAGUUUUACAGUAACUCAAAAGACUUAAAUGUGGAAGUUUUAGGCAACAUUUAACGGCACAUUUUUUUCAUUCUGGACAAAACUAUGGAUAGCAGAAGAACUAAUGCAUAAGAAGAAAGCUCAGAUAAGCGUUGAAAUAAAACUUGGACCACUUUGCAUACGUGUUUCUCACUUGACAUUUUAGCUGCAUAACAACGUGCUUUGAGUAUAACAUCAAGCUUUAACAAAUAUUUAAAGACAGAACAUACAUCAAUAAGAUAACAGAAAGCUCAUUUUUAUAUUUGUUUUAGAUGUUUUAACUAGAUGAGAUGGCUUAAGACGACGAAUAAAAAUGUUGCUUGUAAUACAAUUUUGCCUGCUAAAUUCUCCACAUUUUGUAACCUGUUUAUUCCUUUGGAUGUAAAGCGUUUUUGCUUAGUAUUGUGAUAUUGUAUAUGUUUUGUCCCAGUUGUAUAGUAAUGUUUCAGUCCAUCAACCAGCUUUGGCUGCUGAAAUCAUACAGCUGUGAAGACUUGCCUUUGUUUCUAUUAGAUGGCUUUUCAGUUCUGUAUUAAAUAUCUUAAGUACUAUAGAAAAGGUGUCACCUCUUCCUAUAAGGCUGUUUUGUAAUAUAUAUAAGGACUGGAGAUGUGUUUUUAAAGGACAAGAAGCAUUCAAGUAUGAAUCAAGUAUCUGUGUUUUCACCAUUCAAAGUGCUGUUUAGUAGUUGAAUCUUAAACUAUUUAAUAUCUCAUUUAAUAAAGUGACCAAAAUACA